UCUCUCACCUGAUGCAGUAGAGAAACGGAUUCAUUCGCGACAAUGUUGGUGCUUCUCUGUACCAUGACUUUGCUCUCAGAGACUCUCGGUUCUUCCGUGCUGGAGGCAGAACCUGGAGAUAAAGUCACUAUUUGGUGCCACCAUAACCUAUAUCGUGCCAAUUACAUCUUCUGGUUUAAACAUGUACUUAAGUCAGCACCACUUCUUGUCGGGUGCAAACAGUUUACAAUAUCUGGCCAAACGCAGGAUUGCUACUUUUUCCCCAAAACCGAGCACUUCAAGAUGUCUGUAGACAAAAAGAACACGUCUCUUACGAUCUCUACAGUUGAUGUCUCUGAUACAGGACUGUAUUACUGCAGCUACAUUGAGUUGGACGCAAUCAUAUUCAGUAACUCCAGCUACAUUUACGUGAAAGAAGAUGCUGUUUCAGACGGAAAUGAAACAUUGUCGGUCCUCAGCGCUCCAAAAGAUGCUGUCUUCUCUGCUGUGUUCAUGACGCUGACUGUCAUCUCCGGGGUAAUAAAUGUGAUUAUGAUUCCUCUCUGUGUCAUGAUCUUCAUUAUUCAUAAACAAAGGACACUCAGAGGUUCUGUGGCACAAGAUAUAGAGGAGAAGCUCAGUGUGAAGCAAGAAAAGAGGAAAAAACAAGAGGAUGAUCUGUACACUUGUGUUGUAUACCAGAAUUCAGUGUAGAGGGCCGAAUGCAGGAAAUGGAGAAGAAGCUGGGUUUUUUUUGUUGUUGUUGUUGUUUUUGUUUAGUUUAAUCUAAAUUAUAUUUCAAACCAAAUCUUACAGUCUUUUUUCUGGUUCUACAACUGAGCAAAUAGGUUAAGAAAGUUUAAGAAUCAUAAAAAAAUAUUGUUAUGUUUCUAAGCAUGUUGGUGGUAAAGUCUGUCAUUGAAUUGUGUAAUAAUUAUGAACAGGAAGCGUACAAUACAAUUACGUGGUGCUUGUGGUGAAAGAGUAUAAAUAAAAUAAUUUAAAAAAACA